GCAACUGCAGUCGAUGCCGUCGAUGCCGUUUUUCCUAUAAAGCAGCCCUCCAUUAACGCCGAAACGCAUAAGCACCACCAAAGCAAAGCAAACGCACAUUUGCAUAAAGCAGAAAUAUGUCUUCUCCAUCAUCAUCGUCAACAAUGGAGUCGCUCAUCCUUCAACUGCACGAGAUAUCCGCCGUGAAAUUUGGAAACUUCAAGUUGAAAUCCGGCAUCUUUUCACCCAUAUACAUCGAUCUCCGCCUCAUCGUCUCAUACCCUAAACUCCUUCGCCUCAUUUCCGAAACCAUUAUCUCCACCCUCCCUGCUUCCGCCGCCUACGACGUCAUCUGCGGCGUCCCUUAUACCGCCCUCCCCAUUGCCACCGUCAUAUCCACUUCUUCCGAUGUCCCAAUGCUCAUGCGCCGCAAAGAAAUCAAGGAUUACGGUACUUCAAAAGUCAUCGAGGGCGCUUUCCAACCCAAUCAGAUUUGUUUAGUUGUUGAAGACUUAGUCACAAGUGGAACUUCAGUUCUCGAGACGGCGGCGCCAUUGCGUGCCGCCGGGCUUAAGGUUAAUGACGCUGUGGUUCUGAUUGACAGGGAGCAGGGUGGGAGAGAAAACCUUGCGGCUAAUGGGAUUACGCUUCACUCAAUGGUGAAGCUUACAGACAUGGUUAGGGUUUUGAAGGAGAAAGGUAGGGUUUCCGAGGAGACGGAGGCUAUGGUGCUUAAGUUUUUAGAAGAGAACAAGAAGGUUGCUCCGGUGGUUGCUAAGGAUACUUCCGUUAAGGCCCGGAUCCCGUAUGACGAUCGAGCUAAGUUGGCUAAGAAUCCAACUGGGAAGAGACUGUUUGAAAUCAUGGUGAAGAAAGAAAGCAAUUUGUGUUUAUCUGCUGAUGUAUCAACUGCUUCUGAGUUGUUGGCCAUUGCUGAUAAGAUUGGACCCGAGAUCUGUAUGUUAAAAGCCCAUGUGGACAUUCUUCCUGAUUUCACCCCAGAUUUUGGAUCAAAGCUUCGUUCAAUUGCAGACAAACACAAUUUUCUCAUUUUUGAAGAUCGAAAAUUUGCUGACAUUGGCAACACUGUAACAAUGCAAUAUGAAGGGGGUAUUUUUCGUAUAUUGGAAUGGGCAGAUAUCGUGAAUUGUCACAUUAUAUCAGGUCCUGGAAUUGUUGACGGCUUGAAAUUAAAGGGUUUGGCUCGUGGAAGGGGGUUACUGCUUCUUGCAGAAAUGAGCUCUGCUGGAAACUUUGCCACUGGUGAUUACACAGCUGCAGCAGUGAAAAUAGCGGAACAACAUUCCGAUUUUGUAAUUGGUUUUAUCUCGGUCAACCCGGCAUCAUGGUCAGCCUGCCCGUCUAAUCCAUCCUUCAUUCACGCAACCCCCGGAGUUCAGUUGGUUAAAGGCGGCGAUGCUUUAGGCCAACAAUACAACACUCCAAACUCUGUAAUUUGUGAAAGAGGUAGUGAUAUUAUAAUUGUGGGGCGUGGAAUCAUAAAAGCUGCUAAUCCUGUUGAUGCGGCCCGGGAAUACCGAGUUCAAGGUUGGGAGGCGUAUUCCAAGAGCAAGUCUGUAUGAAAAUUGAAACCAACGUCUUGUUUUUAAUCAUGUGUUUGUUUUGUGGUGUGUAUUAUCACAUAGACAAAGGGACUUUGUUAUUAAAUGUUCAAUGGAGUCUAUUAUCCUUUGGGAUCUAGAUCUUGGUUCUUAUCUUUGAAGAAUUUGAAUUUAAACACAUAUGAAUGUAAAGAUGAAAC